AUGUCCUCUGAGUUCGACCGCGACAUGUACUUCUUCCAGUACUUCCACGGCGAUGACCAGGAACCUUUCGACUUCAACGAGUAUUGCAGCACCGGCGAUUAUUUGAUUGAUCCGACCAUCGAAGCCCAGACUCUCGAUCAUCCAGCGGCGGUCUCUGGCAACGAGUGUUUCAACCCAGACGCCUCUGUAGGUGUCUUAGAGCCCAACCAGGCAUCUUUGCAUGAGAGGCAGUCAGCCGUGGUGCCUGGAUCCAACCAAUCGGAAUCGACAUACGCGGACGACAUGAGAAUUGACUCUACUGGGUCCCCCCCUCCGCCCGGCCCCCCCUACAAAUGCACCGAGGCGAAUUGCAAAUCCAAGGCGCAGUUCAAGAAUCUCUCGCAGUUUAGGCAGCACGUCCGCAAUAAACAUCAACAGCCGUUGGUUUGUACCGUGCCGGGCUGCCCACGUAAGCAGCCCUUUGGUAGACAGACGGACCUCAACCGACAUGUGAAGACCCAGCAUAAGCAUGAGGCCACCGAAAUAUUCUUAUGCGCCGAUGAAUCCUGCCCAGCUCAUGUUCAUGGCUUCGAGAGAAAGGACAAGCUACUGAAGCAUUUGAGGGAGCAACACCCUCAGGUGCAGUGCACACAAACGCACUGCUCUGCGAUUGUCGCUGAUUUUCAGCAACAGUCGCAUAUGGAGCAGGCUCACGGCCCUUUUGAGUGUGCUCUGGGUCACUGCCGAUCCUCGCCGCCAUCGAAAUUCACCCGAGUUGGACUCAAACAACACUUGAAGAAGCACCACAAACUGAGCCAUGAUGGCAUUCUUGGUAUAAGUACUAGAAUGGAAUCGUCCGAUCUGGACGUUAGAUCUGAGCACUUGCUCGACGGGUUGAGAAGGGCUAAAUGGGAGAAAUGCUCCGUCUGUGAGAUUGGUGGAGCAACGGCUCCUAUCAAUGGGGACGUUUAA